AUGUCAAACGUAACCCAACCCAAGGACAACUUUACCCUCGCUUACAGAACGAGUUUCCUCUUUGGAACACUUUCUGUCAAACCAUUGUUCAUCUUUCUUUAUAUCAACGGAGUCCUUUUAUUCACUUUAACAAACAAGCCAGUCUUUAGAGAGACACCUCGAUACGUCUUGUUGUACAAUCUUCUUUUUGCCGACACCUUCCAGUUAGUAGUUGGACACAUACUGUACAUACUGGCUACAGCCCGCGUGUAUAUGAUUCGCUACCUCUGUGUCAUAACUGUCAUAUUGGCCAUGCUUACUACUGAAAUCUCCCCUUACAACCUGGCGGUGAUGUCACUGGAGAGGUAUGUGGCUGUGUGCUUCCCACUGAGGCACUCUGCCAUCGUCACCAUCAAGAACACAGUUGUAGCCAAAUCUGCCUCCUCAAACAAAACCUCACCCACCAAGGCCCACAACACACUUGUGCUGCACAUGAUUCAGCUGCUUCUCAUUCUGUCUUCCACCCUCGUCUCCCCUAUUGUAACAGCCUUCAGUGACAAAGUGGACAGACCCACACUGGAACGUGUCUGA